CUUAAAACAAAAUUAAAUUAAAUAAUUUCAUUAUAGUAAACCAAUUUACCCGUAAAUUAUUUAAAAAAUAAUUUUUAAAAUUCAAGUGCGCGAUAUUUAAAUAUUACCCGAACUUAUAAUAAUUUAAAAAACACCCGCCACGUUUAAAAUCUCUUGUCAUUGUCCGUAAUUAAAAAUCCACAUACUCUGUCUCCUUUCAUUGCUUAUGUUUGUAUACCUAUUGGACAUACGCUCUUUUGGAGGUUUCUAGAAGUGAGAAGGAAAGAAGAACGACGACACUGAAUACAUACUAAUAAAAAAAAGAAAAAAAAUACUGUACUAUACCAGACAAGUGAACUAUACAAUCACCAUCAUCAACAUCAUCAAUAUCAUCAGCAGUAGAAGCUAAGGCAGUAACUUGAGCAACCAAAUCACCACCAUCGUCGUGUUGUGUUAUAUUACUGAUUAAAAAUUAAAUUAAUACACUUGGAUACUUAAAAUUAUUUUUUAAAAAUAAUAUACACCCGUGCCAAGACUUGCAACCCGGGUUCAGCGCGGGCAUUAUUUAUCGUAAGAGUCUUAUAAUAAACUGAAAAAAUGGCAGCAUUGCCAAGAAGAAUCAUCAAAGAAACACAAAGACUGAUGCAGGAGCCCGUUCCCGGCAUCAGUGCGGUACCAGAUGAAACCAACGCAAGAUAUUUCCAUGUUAUUGUAACUGGACCAGAAGAUUCGCCAUUUGAAGGGGGAUUAUUUAAACUAGAGUUGUUUUUACCAGAAGAUUACCCGAUGAGUGCACCCAAAGUCAGGUUUAUCACUAAAAUUUAUCAUCCUAAUAUUGACAGGCUCGGCAGGAUUUGCUUAGACAUACUCAAAGACAAAUGGAGUCCAGCUCUACAAAUAAGGACAGUCUUGCUUUCUAUACAGGCACUAUUGAGUGCACCGAAUCCGGAUGAUCCACUAGCAAAUGAUGUUGCCGAACUGUGGAAAGUUAACGAAAGUGAAGCGAUUCGAAAUGCCAAAGAGUGGACACGUAGAUACGCUAUGGAAAAUUGAUCUCAGCCUUGUCGUUAUUAUCCACCAUUAAACGUGUUGUUGUUGUUGUUGUUAUUGUCACCGUCAACAAGUCCGACAAUUAUCAGCGACUUAAAAUAAAUAUUUUCCUGGCACACUGGUCUUGUACCGCACUCACCAUCCGUGUCCACUAUUUUGCUAUGCAAAUAAAGAUAAAUUUUUUUAAAGACAAAGAGUAAAACAAUAAACAAUACAUUAUAUAAUAAUAAUAUUAAUAAUAAUAAUAAUAAUAAUAAAAACAAAUUUAACUAAAGAAGCUGAAGUAACAAAUAAUUAAACGCUGUAAUUUAUCGACAGCAAGUGAUGGUUUUGAAAAUUAUUUUGAAAUUAACAGUUUGUCUUUUUUCUCUCGAGUCCCCCGUUUUUUUAGUAGAUGAUGUAUAGACUAACAAUUAAUAAGCAGCCGGAAAAAAAUUGUGCUCUUUAAAUUAUUUGUAAACAAAAAUAAUUUGAUGGAAUGCAAGCUGAUGGUGAUGUAAUACUUUCAUUUAUCGACUUGCAUUGCUGAUAAAUGUAUCAAGUGCUUUCGUAUUAUUACAUUUCUUUCUUAAAUUUUUAGUAAUUUAAUCAAAGUAUAAAUUAUAAAGAUAAUUAAAUUAACAAACAAAAAAAACGAAUGCUUGACACGUGUUUUUCUUUUAAAUUUAUUAUUAGAGAAGCACUCCAUUGAAGCACGUUUUUUUUAAACAGAUUUAACACUAUUAUGCUUAACGUAUAAUUAAAUUAAUGACUAAAGAAGAUUAAUAAUAAUUAUUAUUAUUUAUAAUAACAGCGACAAUUAUAUAGUAAUUUGAUUGUGGGUAAAAGACGCAAUUAGUCUUAUUUUUAAAAUUAAAAAUAAAGAAAAUUUGUCUUGAUAAAAACUCACGAUCAUGAUGGCUGGAUUUAAGACGAGUUAAAUUGAUAUUAAAUGCAUUUGGUCAUCGGGCCAUAGAUUCCAGGUGUACAGUAUUAAGGAUUUUAAACAAGAGAAAAUAAAUGAUAAACUCAGUUGUGCUUAUUAUUAAUAAUGUACCCAGGUCUUGAAAAAAAAAAAAAAAAAAAAAAAAUCAAUUCAAUAACAAUGUGGAUAAAUAAUAUUUGAAUUUUUUUCUUCCGGUUUGUGAUAAAUCCGUGCUUUCACAUCUCCUGUCCUUUUUAUUGUACAUAGAAUUAAUUUAAAAUAUAUAAUAAUAAUUAUAGUCGCGACAAGUUUUCUUGUUUUUCUUUGCAUUUAAAAAGUAAUGUCGCAAAGUAAAGUUAAAUAAUAAAUAAUUAUUGGAUCGAUUGCUUGUCGGAAAAAGAUAAGAUGACGUUCGCAUUUAUCUUAAAUACUCAAAGACGUCUGAUGAAUUGAUUGAUUGAUUGAAUGUUGCUUUAAAAAUAUGUAAACUCAUCGUAUUUUAUAAAUAAAAAAAUUGAGUAAUUAAUAAAAUAAAAUAAAUAAAAGGUUAAAUAAAUGAUUGAAUUUAAUGAGCGAGUUUAAAUAAUAUUUGAUUAAAUAAUUCAUGUAAUCUUUUAGUGACUGUUUUUUUUUCUUAUUUUUCAUUUUUUUGAAUUCAAAAUUACAGUUUAUUGUUAUCUUUGUGUGGACUAGUAUAAUAAUAAUUAUUACCAUAUACACAUUCAAUAGCUCACUGAUAAUUUAACUUAUAAUAAUAUUACUCACAAACAUUGAUAAAGAUAGUCGUGAUGAUUUUUAAAAUUUAUUAUUUAUUUAUUGUUUAGUUUUUUAAAUUUUAUUGUAGCGUGCGUUUCACGACUUAAAGCUACAACGCAAGCCCUAGCAUGGUAAUAAGAUUAUUAUAAAUUAACGCGCGGGCUUUGUUUUAUAUCCAUUAUCUUUCUCUCAUUUAAAUUAUAUAACUUACUCUUGCUCAUAUUUAUAUUUUAUUACUUUUUAUUUUUAUUUUUAAAUUCUUAAACAUAACAUGACACUGAAAAUUCAUUUGGAUCAAUCAGUAAUUAAUAUCCAAAUGAAUUUAAAUACAAUUCCCAAUCAACUCGCGUUAUAAAUAAAAUCGCAAGUUAUUUAAUUUCUUUUUUUAAAACAACUUUACAUAAAUAUUUAAUUAAAUUACAAAUAUCGCAUUUUAUUUUUUAUUAUGCAUCUUUUUUAACUUUUUAAAUUUAAUUAUUUCGCUUCAAUUACUUUGCUUUCUAUAUAGAAAUUAUUAACAGCCGACGUUGAUUUUAUUAUUUUUUUAUCAAUUAUUAUUAUUAUUAUUAUUAUUAUUAUUAUUAUUAUUAUUAUAUUAUAUUAUUUGUUUUAUUUUCUGUCAUUCUAAAUAAUAAAUGGAGAGGUGAGUAUUGGCGCCAAGUUUAAAAUCACUUUACCACCGAUAUUCAUCUGCCGCCAUUUAACAUGAUGUCGUAAAAAAAUUCUUUUACAUAUAUAUCUCUGCUCUUCUUUCAUUUAUUUUCUUUACUAAUAAUUAUCAAUAAUAUAUAUAUAUUAUUAUUAUUAUUAUUAACUUUAUAUAUUUCACACAAAAUUAAAUAAAACGAGCACUGUAAUUUUAAGUGCGUACAUGACUCGUGAUAGAAAAAAAAUGUAAUUGUAAAAAUAUUAAUUGAGAGAAGAAAUGAUAAAAUUAAUAAUUAAUAAUUAAUAAUAGACAUUGCAAACAUACAAAAGAUACUUAAAAAAUAUAACAGCAUGAUGAGCUGAGCUCAGUUACAAUUUUGUUUUUUAAAUUUUUUUAUUCAAGCAGGUCGCGAUGCAAUCGGAAAUUAUAUAACGAAUAAACAUCUCGAUAACGUCACGAGUUUUAUUAUUCAUCGUUAUUAAUUUAUUAUUAAUAAACAUUAUGGCAUCCA